AUGAAUUAUCAAAAUUUGAAAUGUUCAGAAUUAAAGGAUUUGUUAGCUAAAAAAGGGCUACCGUCUCAUGGAAAAAAGAAUGAAUUGUUAGAAAGACUAUUAAAACAUGAAAAAGAGGGAGGGAAUGGUUCUAAUUCGAACGUGAUAGAUGAUAAUGUCGAUUCUAAGGACAGUGGAAAAAAUAAAAAAAGUAUUUCAGUAAACACAAAAGAUGAGUAUAACAAGGGUGGAUUAAAUAAAAUGACAAAUUAUUUUAAAAAUAUAUUAGGUUCUAAUAAUACAUCUAAUGAUGGCUCAAAAUAUUAUGAAAAUAACAAUUCAAAAAAUAAUAUGAAUGGAAAUGAAAAUAAAAGUAAUACUGAUGAAGAGAAAAAAGUAAUACCCCAAAUAACUUUUUCAGAAUCAAAAUUAUCAACUCAAAAUACAUUACAAAAAAAUAUAAUUUCUCGAACAGAGGAUAAUCUUCAUUUAACUGAAGAAAAGAAACGAGAGAUAAGAAGAAAACGAUUUGGAACUGAUUCUGUUUCCACACCAGCAGCUCUUGAGUCCAGAGCGAAAAGAUUUUGCAUUGUUACUAAACAAAUGGAAGAAGAAAAUAAGAAAAAAAGAGCAGAAAGAUUUGGAUUGAAUGUGGCCAAUUUGAACGAUAUUGAAAUGAAAAAAAAAAGAGCCGAGAGAUUUGGUGUCAUAAAUGAUCAUGAAAAGUUAAAGGCACGUGCCCUUAGAUUUGGCAUAACACAAUAA